AUGGAAACCCCAAUAAAAGCGAACAGUUUUCAUAAUUUGUCCUCUCCAGAUGGUAGUCCUUCUCUUCAUGUCCCAAGUCCUAUAAUUACCAGGCGUACAAGAACCGAUUCAACAUCUGCAAGGGCUUUCUCUAACCCACAGGAACAUGGUGUUGUUAAACAAUUUAGCAGAUCUAAAGGACAUGGUUUCAUUCAGAGAGACUCUAAUGGUGAAACUUUAUUUGUCCAUAUAUCUGAUGUGGAAGGAGAGUAUGUCCCACUCCCUGGAGACAAGGUAAUCUACCGUCUUUGCCCUAUACCACCAAAAUUUGAAAAAUUUCAGGCAGUUCAUGUUGAAAUUGUAAAUUUUACUCCUGAAGUUCAUCUCAAGUGGGAUACACCUGAAACUCCAGAACCUAAAGAAUAG